AAAGUAAACGGCAGGGGCGGGUGGGUGCCUUGCGCGCGAAAUACGCGUGCAAACACGCUCGCGGCGGCGGCGCCGCCGGAGGCCGGCGCUCGUGGCUUCCCCGGGCCGGAACCCCGCGGCGCUGUCGUCGAUAGGCGGCUGCGCGUGCUCCGCCGGCGGCCGCCGCCAGUCUGGGCCGUCGCUGAAGAAGAGUUGGCGGCUGCGCCAUGGACGAGCUACAGCGUGCACCCUCUUCGCCGUCCCAGGUCGAGAGCGCACCGGCCGUCCAGGUCUCGGCCAGCGUCGAACACGGCCCUGCUGGCGGUCUCCUGCAGAGCGCGGCGCUGCCGGGUGCCCUGGCCGCGGCUGCCGCCUGCCUGCUGCUGGCGCUGAGCGUGGCCUGCCUGUUGCAGCGUCGCCGGCGCAAGACGGACGACCAGCCAGCCACCGACCAGGGCGCCUACGAGCGCCUGGACUGCAGCCGCUCGCCCAGGGUGUCCAUUUCGGUGGCCGGUCCAAACGACCGCACGCCCUCACCCACGUCCCGACGCAGUCUGCGCCGUGGCACCAACGAGCCGAACUUCUAUGGCGGCUGCAUAGCACAAGAGCGUCCGAUCGACUUCGUGGUGCCCACGCUGGCCGGAUCAUCCCUGUGCGGCUCCGCUGCCAGCCUCGUGUCAGACGCCAGUUCGACCGUCGCUGAACCUAUUGGCCCACCCUGCUCGUCCCCCGGUGACCCUGGACCCGUUUCACUGCUGCCCGUCUCCACUUCGCUGCUGGGUGGCCUGAACCCCGAGCUGUACCGCGUGACGGCGGACGACGGCGCCGACGACGGCGAAGAGCGCAGCUUCCCGGAGAGCCACCGUGGCCGCAUUUGGUUUUCGCUGCAGUACGAGGACCCCCGCGAGAGCCUCGAGCUGCGCGUGAUCAAGGCACGCAACCUGCCCUCGCGCGUCUGCGGAUCAGUCAACUGCUGCGACCCUUUCGUCAGAAUUCAAAUACUACCUGACGAACGGAGAUAUCAGCAGACGAAAUUUAAGAAGAAAACUUGCAAUCCUGUCUUCGACGAGACCUACAUAUUCCAGAUACCUGCCAAGGCCCUAUCGGAGCGAAUACUCAAACUGACGGUGCUGGAUAACGACCGUGGCAAGCGACAUAACGUCAUCGGACACGUGCUCUUCCCUCUUCGUGAUCUGGAUCCACUCUCCGGUGAACGCAUCGUGGCCUGGAGAGACCUGGAAACGACAGUCGAUCUGGCGCCACCGGACCAAGGGGAACUGUUGCUGGGCCUUUGCUACAAGGCCGGCCUCGAGAGGCUCACCGUCACCGUGAUGGAGGCCCGUGGCCUCGUCUCGCCUCCGGAGAUGGGAAACCAAGCCUCACUCGACACGCAGGUGAAGGUGACUUUCCUGCUGGAGAACAAAGUGGUCAAAAGCAAGAAGACGUCUGUGGUCAAGCGAACAACGGAACCCAAGUUUAUGGAGUCAUUUGCGUUCCGCCUGACACCUGCAGGGCUCAGUGCUGCCAGUGUCAUUCUCAAGCUCACCUGCCUGGCACCACCAUACAAAGACCGAUGCCUGGGACGCGUCGUCCUCGGAUCGUUCAUGUUCGCCCGUGGCCUGGCGCAGCAACACUGGACUGACGCAAUGGCCGCAGCGCCCAAGCAGAUCAACCGUUGGCACCGACUCUCCUGAAUGGGGCCGCGCCCCCCUGUUCCCCCAACUCCCAUCCCCGACGAUGCCACUGCAGGCAGAUUUGGCGACGGAUCGCCAUCGUGGAUGCUGUCACGCGCCAGAGAGGCCCUACUGGAUGCGUGCUGAAGCAGCGCUCUCAUGUAGUGCCAUCUGAAUUUGUUUGUGACCUGCUUUCAGUGUAACAACAUGGUGCUGUGCGGUCCCUUCUUAACCUCUUCUAGUAUUCCGUCGUAUGUGUGGGUUGUCUGUUUAAAGGUGGUCUGUAGUACAGGAGAAAGAACCAGCCAGUAUUGUUCUGUGUUAUCGCGAAAGCUCCAUUCCUCUAUGUGCGCGCACAUUCCCGACAACCACAUUCCAUAGCGUGAAGCACGCCUCACACGUCCUCUGCGUAUUGGGGCGUUCUUACAACGCCAGUGCAAUAUGACUGUCAGAAUAUUAACAGAACAUGCUAUGACAAUUGCCAUAUAUUGUGUUACAACAGAUUUUGAUUGCUUCUAAAGGUAUUCAAGAGUCCCAAAAUCUACACAGACACACAGUAUUUUUGGGGGGUAUAGCACCUCGACAUAUCUUUUCGUGCCUAUGAUAACUACGAAAUGUGGUGGAGAAUGUUGAGGUUCCGACAGAAAAAAGUAACAUAGUAAUGUCAGAAGCGAAAGCGAUGUUUUGGUGAUCUUCGAGGCUAUACAUACAAUACGAAAUUGUAGUCAGAUAGGCAAACGAGCGUUCACUAUCAGCAUAUUUUUCUACAGCUGCUUGUUGAGGCUCUGACUUCGUACGAAGUCCUUCUUGCUGCCUCUGCAGUUGCUGCUCUUGCUGCUCUUGCUACCCCUUAACUAACUCUUGUAAGUAUACUGCUGUGUCAAUUCGUUACGCAACGCCUUCGAAAAGGAUUUGUCAGACUUCUCUUCAAACGUCGACAACCGCAUCUCACGAGCCUAAGUGGUGCUUACAAUCGGACGCAAUCUUGAGAUAAUCUCUAAGUUGAAUGGCUGCAACAGGUGCUCACGAUUAAAAAAAAAAAGAAACAUGUUGUCACUUGCUCAAACAAAUGAGCUAGGACACUACUUGAUUUAUUCACUCCACAAACAGUUAUUUUUGUGCGUGUGUAUGUAAUCAUAGCGUGACAAUGGUACAUUUCAACGACCUUCGUGCAGCUUCUGUAAUGACAGAAGAAAUAUUUAAGUUACCAUCAGACACAAAAGCAUUUUUUUUUACAAAGCACGAUUUACACUCGACGGUAUCAAUCCUGCCAUCGAUAUCGCCGCGUUAAGAAAGCACGUUGAAAAACGCGAAGAUCUGCCGAAAACAGUACUGACAUUAAAUAACGUUUCGGCUGCCAUAUACAGGAGUGUUCGAACGAAUCGGCGUCGGCCACUCGUGGUAGCGAACGUAAUAUCAGCGGAAGCACUUCGACAAUGAGAAGCACUUUUUUCGAAAGAAGGAAAUAAUUUUGUUGUGGUUGGUGAGAGCAUAUGUGCGUACAUGUCUCACAUGAACAAAACCGGCAAACGGCGGUGCACGUGAGCGAUCUGGUGAGAAACAAAGACCGCGCGGCUGACUUGGCUUGGCACGCUUUCCCCUUUAUUUUUGGCAUUCGCGCACACCACCUGUUACCUGGCAAGUAUGGUCGAUCAUCCUGGACGCCGCGAACACAAAGGAAACUUGCCUCUUUGCGACGUGCCAAUUUGAUGAAAAAAUAAGCAGCAAGGUUUCGCUCUAAUUCAACGUGCAAGCAGCGGGGGCGUGUGUUUUCAAGGAAAAGACCGAACAAACAGAAAAAAAAUCUACGGAUGACAGUAAUAAGGCUGGCAGAUGUGUACACUUCUGGAGUGGUGUAUCUAGAUUAUAUACGUAUUUCUGAAUGUGUAUACGCACAAGGACAAUGAUUGCAUCAAAUAUUAUGCAGAAAUUACUAUCUGUGCUUAGAUAGAGUAUUAGGUUGUUUGCAUAAUUUGCGUUACUGCUCUUAUGGAUGCCCCCUCGGGCUGUUUGCUAAGGUCACAAUUAAAAAGAUGCUGAUUACUCGAAUUUCGACUCCCACCAGGCUCCAUUUCAUACAUAAUGGGAUACGCUGUGAUGACCAGCAAGACUUCCUGCAUAGCUGCUUUCGCACGAUGACGUAGUUCGCUGUUUUUCACGAGCUAUUACGUCGGAUUGAUUUUUUUUUCAUUUAGGCUGAAUAAUACACGGCAAAAUAUCUACACCUUAAAAACGAACAAACUGUGUUAUACCACUUUUAAUAUGUUGUUUUAGAUUAUUCUGGCGUGUCAUUAUUUUUUCUUAGCGUUUCUGUUUUUUCUUGUAUCAGACCUUGACGUGCUGGUUCGCGCAUCGUUCACACGAACACGUGUGACCGCGAAACCUGCGUAACUUCGACGGCGGUGCACGCAAAGCAUGAAAUUGAGUAUAGUAAGGUUCGAAAUUCGACGCCUAAUUUCUGUGUAGCACGGCCAGUGAAGAUGGCGAGGUGAUUGCGAGUGAUACUUUAUGCCAGCAAAAAUGAUCAAGCUGUAAUACGCCUCAAUUAAGUUCAACCAGCUCGUGUGCAAGAGCAUCCAGAGGUCCGUUUUAUCGGCACAGUAUUGUCUUUAGCUGAGCAGCUGCAAUAUUAAGGAGUACGCAUCUCCCGCUAUGUAGCGUCUGAUUUCUUUUUUUUUUUGUUAGCAGAGAAUUCGCGACACCUACAGUUCUUGUUUUAUAGACACGGGCGAUCUCGUUCGGGUAUCUUUACUGUCUCAUCUUUGCAAAAGCGACGUCACUUCCACGACUUUCUACGUCCGUGAGAUACUACUGCUUCUGGGAGAAAAGUAAAAAUUACAAUCGCUUGGCGACGAUCCAAGAAGCGCCGACCCCUUCAGCCUUCUCACUGUUAUGAAACGAAUGCAGCGCCGGUAAGAGCGCGCCAACGAAGAAGUAGGGCGGGAAGAUAAGGGAGCGCGCGCGGACGAUAGAGUCACCGGAGCAGAGGCAGAGAGAAAUAUUCUUUGGGCGCUUAUUCUUUGGAACAUAUCAUGCAGCGCAUUAAGGAGUGUCUGAUAAGAGAGUGCCGACAGUGACAUCUAUUCUGCUGAGGCGUUCCACUAAGCACAGGGGCGUCGGCAAGGGAGCGCGACACUUUUCCCGGUAUAUGCCUGGCAGCGAUAGCGACGGCGCAUUGUUCACGUCAACUGUUCAUCGCAAUUUCUCUUCGCGAACAUCUGGCCUCUCUAGUCGUUCAAACAAUAUGCAUGAAUUCAAUUCCGUGGUUAAUAAUAUGAUUAAUGAGAAAAGACUAGCUAUCAACUGAUAUGACAUGACAAAUUUAUAAAACACUUCCAUUCAGGUUACGCAUAAAUAUAUUUUAUUUUAUUUGCUCUCACUUAUUCAACUGAGAGCAGGCUGACUGUCCGAGCUUGCAGAGCAUUAGAAAGGCGGUGGUGCCUUACUUUGGUCGCAAAUACAACCCCUUUUCAUUCAACUUGAAAGCUUUCUUUCCAAGUAAAUACGAUUAAAUUUUUCUUUUGGAGGUUCUUCCUACACUCUCGUAUAUACAUAUAUUCUGGUGUGCACAUUCUUGCUAGCCUCAAAAGCAUAAAGAAGCUCUAGACGCGCCACAGCGUGGACGCGUGUAUCUCCAUGCUGCUAGGUGUCAGCAGCCAAUACAGUGCCAGAGAAAGCCUUGUGCCUCUCUUGUCCCGUGCAUCUGUAAACCUGUCACCGCCAGGUGUUAUUAUUGGGUGGCAUUUCGCCUCAUGUUAAAAGUAACAAUAUCUUGCAACACUGCAAUGUGAUCAGUCGUGACCAAAUUCAGCCUUCGUUUCGUCUCCCAUAAUUCAACGCUACAAAGUUAACUUCUGUAGGUGGGUUUGUUUCAGUGAGUCGCAUUUCAGCCUAAAGUUUCAAGAGCUUAAAAUUUUCAAAACACUGGCGAGUAGACUGGCGAAUAAGCUGCUUCAGUUAGCAUUUAUAGUCAUCUUGCAAGUGGUUUCGUGUGUUCUAUUACUGCGCAUGUACGGUAGCUUUGAGCAAUAGCUAUUUUAUCUGAUUAGUCAUCACGGGCAUCCUUGUAUUGUGCGUACUUGUAUCCAUGAACCCCCUCCAACAAAAUACCAUAUACAGAUUUUCUGACUAUCUUGUUGGACACUUAGGCGUAUUCUUUCUGAGACUACGACAGUGCCGUACAAAAUUGAGAGAAUAAACUCGUGUAAUAAAACUGUUGCCUCUUAUCGUGCAAAAGGCUUCCAAUUAAAAUAUAGGAACCAGUAUAACAGAUACAUAUUUUUGUGAUCGUUGUGAUGCCAGCACUGAUUGACCUCCAAGCAACCAAAAGGCCGGAGUAAGGUUGUGCUCACUGUAAAAAGCGUGAAAGGUGUGCCUCAGAAAAAACCAGUGCACCUUGGAUGAUUGCCUCUCAGCUUGCGUGCAGGAACGGUGGGAGGAUAAGUGAGGGGCGAAGUGUGCGGCAAAUUAGCAGCUAGGCAUUGCAUAAUGAACAUUUAUAUAACGAGAUCUUCCUCCGGCCUCUGACCUUGCUUGCAGGCGACUGCUUUCCAACCUUUGCGCACUAAUGCACUGCGAUGUAGCACAAAGUAUCACCAGUGAAAUGUAAAUAUUUAAGAUGUUUAACAUUACUGCUACCGAUUUAUGCUGUGGACACUGUUUUGGCUCGUUAUAUUGAAAACUGCAUCUGCACUUUCGGAAAUAACUCUUCAUAUUACCUCAAUGCCUUGUAUUAUCGCCCAUCCAAAUAAAAGCAAUGAAAGGAAAA